AUGAGCGAUGUUCCUGUCGUAAUAAUACACGGUUUACUCGGAUCUAAGAAGAACUGGGAAACUAUGUCUAAGAAAAUCAGUGUAGCUACUAGCAAGGCGGUAAUCGCUGUGGAUAUGAGAAAUCACGGGGAGAGCCCGCAUACAGACAGCCACACUUACCCAGAACUGGCGUCUGAUGUCUUAGAAUUAAUAAAUAAACUAAGCAUCUCUCGGACAGAUAUUAUAGGACACAGUAUGGGAGGUAGAACUGGGAUGGUUGUGGCGCUAACCAAGCCGGACAUAGUAAAUAGCUUAAUUGUGGUCGAUAUAUCCCCGAUUUCUACACCACGAGCACUCAGCGACUAUUUUCCAAAUUUGGCAAAAGCGAUGAGAUCAGUCAAUUUUAGUGACUCUCAAAAUGUCUAUAAAGCUAGAAAUAUUGCAAAGGAGGCAUUAGUAGCUUCAGGAGCUAUUGAUAGUGAUGCUGUAGGGUUCAUAUUAAUGAAUAUUGGAGUAAGGGAUGAUAAAUCUCUUGGUUGGUUUUGUAACAUAGACGUCCUUGAGAAACAUUUCCCUGAUAUUGCCUCUUUUCCUACUGAAAUGAAUGGAAAGCAGUACACCGGCAAAACACUUUUCAUAGGUGGCGAAAAUUCUAGAUAUUUGCAGGCAGGAGAUUUAUCAGGGAUUAAGAAUUAUUUUCCCGUUGCUGAAUUAAAAUAUGUUCAAGAUGCGGGUCACAACGUGCAUGCGGACAAUCCAGUGGCUUUUUUUAAUCUAGUCAAAGAGUUCUUGACUUCGUAA